AUGGCCAAGGAAGCCCCCGUCAAGACCGGUCUGACCGUUGGUCUGAACCGCGGCCACAAGACCACCGCUCGCGUUGUGAAGCCCCGUAUCUCCCGCAGCAAGGGUCACCUGAGCAAGCGCACCGCUUUCGUCCGCGACGUCGUCAAGGAGGUUGCUGGCCUUGCCCCCUACGAGCGCCGCGUCAUCGAACUCCUCCGCAACAGCAAGGACAAGCGUGCCCGUAAGCUCGCCAAGAAGAGGCUCGGUACCUUCGGCCGUGCCAAGAGAAAGGUCGACGAGCUCCAGCGUGUCAUCGCUGAGUCCCGCCGCACAGCUCACUAA